AUGAAGGUCGAGAUUGAGGGGAAAUGCCUUAUAGCAGAACCGAGCCCGAGCGUCGCAUUAGGCGACGGCGCCGCCUCUAUGCAUGCGACUCGUGUUACAGGAAAAAAGUGCCGAACGCCCAUCUUACCGCCAUUUUCCAUCAAGUGCGAUGGCACACAUCCUAGGUGUGAUUGGUGCCGCCAUCACAGCGUCCCCUGUACCUAUACGCGCAACAAGGAGGCCGUAAGCCUGGGCUCGCGCAAGGUCCAGGAACAGAAAUUGAAGGAGACCUCAAACACCCCGCUAUCAGAGACAAGUCCUCCCGUUAAAAAAGGAUCGGGGAAUGAUAGUACUCCUGAGGUUUUUUACACUCCUCCCGGUGUUAUACCAGUGGUACCACAAGCAAUCGGCAGCGAUUUGUGUUUUGAAAGCCAAUCUUUAGGGAACAUCUGCGGCUUCAACGGACUGCCGUUCUUCUCUUCAGCUGGAUUAAGCUGGAUCAAAGACCGCACAGGGGACGGCGCCUCUAUAGGUUGGUAUAGCGCCGGCGCGCCGCAUGUUUGGCCGCCCACUGAAACGAAAGAGGAGUACGGAAAUAGGAAACUUGUUGAGCUGCCCGAUAAGAAGGUCCUCCGCCAGCUUCUCGAGGCUUACCAGAAAUCCAUCCAUGGGCAGCUAUUUCCGCUCGUCAACCCUCCGUGCUUUGAGCAUACGAUCCGCGCAGCGUAUGAGGAGCAGCUAUCGGAUAUUUCUCCCAGUGCGGUUUGUGCCAGAGGAUGUGUCUUUGGAUUCAUGGCUAUGGCGUCAUAUAUGACCGCGUCACCUCGCGAGGACGCGAUCAUGAGCGCGGAUAAAAACGCUCGAGAGGUCCAAGAUCUGCUGCAGGACAUAUCCAGGGAGCCGGUGACUCUGGACGGCUUGCAGGCGGUGGUCAUGCUAUGCUUCUGCUGUACCGCACUUUCCGGCGAUGUCUUCAAGUUGGAGCUCUUCCUCUCCUUGGCAGUUCGCUACGUGUUCCAUCUCAAAGGGAACCUCUACCCCACCGUGGUGAACGACAAAUACGCUCACGCGAAACUCCACGUCCGGAAUCUAUUCUGGAUCUGUUUCAUUCAGGACAAGUUCUUUGGCCUACGCACCGGACUUCCUCCCCUCUUCGACCCGACGAAUUGCGACCUGACUCUCCCCGGCUGCGAACACCCUCACAGCGACCCGCGCAGCUCCAAAUCCUCCCGUCAACAAAAUCCCUCUGCCUUCAUCACACUAAUCCGCCUCUGUAUCGUCCAAUCCGAGAUCUACCGCGGUCUCUAUAGUUGCUCGGCACUCCAGCAAAGCGACGCCGAGCUCCUCGCUACAAUUCGCCGCCUAGACAGCGCGCUUGAAGAGUGGUGGUCGUCCGUACCAGUGUUCACAAAUAACAUUCAUAACGACCCGACAAUGGCCGAUCUUCUCUUCAAGAUACAAUACCAUUACUGCAUGUCUGCGAUCCAUCAGACGAGUAGUAGGUGCACCGCGUGGGUGGGGAACCAGGAUACGCGAGCCGCAGGGUCAAGUCUUGCCAUUAGUAUUGGGGCCAGUCGUGCUGUCCUUAAUAGGUUUCUGGGCACAUCGCCGCAGCUUCUGGGGCGGUUCUUGACGUAG